AUGUCCGGGCGCAGCGGGCCCUGCGGCUGAUCCUGGAGCUUCUCCAAGGAAACUUACCCGCGGCCCAUGGCAUGCCUUGGACUUUACUGUGGGAAGACCCUAUUAUUUAAAAAUGGCUCAACUGAACUGUAUGGAGAAUGUGGGGUGUGUCCAAGAGGACAGAGAACAAACGCACAGAAGUACUGCCAGCCUUGCACGGAGUCUCCAGAGCUCUAUGACUGGCUCUAUCUUGGAUUCAUGGCUAUGCUACCCCUUGUUUUGCAUUGGUUCUUCAUUGAAUGGUACUCGGGGAAAACGAGCUCCAGCGCACUUCUCCAGCACACCACCGCAUUGUUUGAAUGCGGCGCGGCCGCUGCCAUCACCUUACUUGUGAGUGAGCCCGUCGGGGUUCUUUACAUCCGUUCAUGCCGAGUGCUGAUGCUCUCUGAUUGGUACACGAUGCUUUACAACCCCAGCCCAGAUUACGUCACCACAGUGCACUGUACCCACGAAGCUGUCUACCCACUCUACACCAUUGUAUUUAUCUACUAUGCGUUCUGCUUGGUGUUAAUGAUGCUGCUCCGGCCUCUGCUGGUAAAGAAGAUUGCCUGUGGGUUAGGGAAGUCGGAUCGAUUUAAAAGUAUUUACGCUGCACUUUACUUCUUCCCCAUUUUAACCGUGCUUCAGGCAGUUGGUGGAGGCCCUUUAUAUUACGCUUUCCCAUACAUUAUAUUGGUGUUAUCUUUGGUUACUCUGGCUGUGUACAUGUCGGCCUCUGAAAUAGAGAACUGCUAUGAUCUUCUAGUCAGGAAGAAGAGACUCAUCGUCCUCUUCAGCCACUGGCUACUUCAUGCUUACGGGAUCAUCUCCAUCUCCAGAGUGGAUAAACUCGAGCAAGACUUACCCCUUUUGGCCUUGGUACCCACGCCAGCCCUUUUUUACUUGUUCACAGCCAAGUUUACUGAACCUUCACGGAUACUCUCAGAAGGAGCCAAUGGACACUGAAUAUAACAUGCCAAAACCCCUAAGAAGUAUUCUUAAUAAAAAAGUAAAGAAAUUAAAAAUGUAUUAGUUCUCUUCUGUCAUACAUGGGAAUGAGAUUGUCA